AUGCACGGCUGGUGCGCAUUGCUCGGGCGUGGUUCAACCGUGGUGGGCAAGGAAGGACCGCGGCCUACCAGCGGCAGCAGGCCACACGCUAGCUGGCUGCCUCGUCCAUCCACCGAUGAGGCGUCAGUAAAACUGUCAUUUGAGGGAAACGAACGAAAGCAUCCUCAAAGACGGUGGAUGGAGGAAGACUUUAACCCAAGUUUGCUGCAUACUAGCCAAAGCCCUUUUUAUGUGAAGCUGAUAUUGAGAACUCGAUUGCGCCCACGAAGAACGAGCACGUUGACUAUAUUCCAGGCAAAGAUGUCGCAAGAAAACGCCGGAUGCGGCACUAUGCCGUUUUGCGGAACUCCGACCUGCGAAGGACUUACCUGUGAAGCCGAGCAGGUGCAAAGAGCGCACAUCCGGCUGCAGGCUGACCAGCCCGUCAUCCCGGUACCUGUCUACCAAGAAAUCCAGAAGCGGGAUAAAUACAUAGAGGUGCCGCAAGUAGAGGUCAAGGAUAGUAUUGUUCCCAAGGUGUACAACCAAUCUGCUGUUCACGAUGUUCCCAAAGUACAUGUUGACUGUGGCGAGAGAAACCUCGCCAUCGAGACAGAAAAAGUCAUCGAGAGAGAUGUUCAAGUCCCGGUGCACGUGGGCUAUGCCCCCCAGUUUGUCCCCAAGUGGGACAUACGUGAGGUGCCUAGACCCGUUCCCAAGUACGAGGGCGAGCAACAAAUCAUUGAGAUUGAAGUGCCCCAAAUAGAGUACAAGGAUACAUACGUUGAAAAGGAAGUGGUGGUUGACGUAAAGGAAAAAAUUGUCCCUAAGGUCACCGAAGUCGUUAAAGAAGUAGAGGUUAUGCAGUACGAGUGGAAAGAGAAGUACCAAGAUGUCCCGGUGUACAAAUAUGUCCCGAAGUUCGACGUUGAACUUGAUUGCCCUCCCCCGCUAAUCGUCCCUUACACAGAGACCCGUUACGUCCAAGAUGAACCCCAAACAUCAAACCCCUACUGUGGCUGGUCCGCCUGCUGUACACAAGUGCAUCAGGAGCCCCAUAUCAAAACCGUGGAGAAGGCGGUUCGCACCGAGCAGCAAAGACUGUAUCCAGGCUCUGCCCAGCUGACUGAGGCUAACAUGAACUACCCAAUGGGGCAAGAUUUCGCUUCACAGUUCCAGAAAAGUACUGAAGAACGAGUCCUUCGAGGAAACAGCGUCAGCGAUGGCCCCGUCCGUCAAGCAGUUCUGUCGCAGCUUCCUCCUGGCCCAGUUUACCCAAAACCCACUCCCCAGGUUGGUGCCGCUGAUAAGUCAAAAAGCGGUGGGGCCCGCUUAAACGAAAAGAAGCAGAGCUUUUGGAGCUGGCUCACUGGGAAGAAGGAAGAGGAACAGACGCCCACGGUUGCCGAAAAGUUCGGAUAUCCAGAGAACAUGCCGACGGACUUCGCCGCCGCCUUCCAGGGCCAAGGAGCGCCUGUGAAUGGGGGUUCUUCCCCACAGCCUGCAGAUGUUGACGGGGUUACUCCGGAAGAGAAAGACAAGCCUUCCGACGAACUGGAGCCAUCUGUUGUUUACCGUGGUGCCGUUAACAAACCACCUGAGUACGGAGGAGAGCUGGACCCUAUAUCCUUCAAAUUACAUGCCAUAGAAAUUCACCAGUUUGUUCCUCUCCCGAACAUGGAAGCUCCAGAGUUUGUGAAGGCGCUGUCCAGUGGAAUCAUGACAAAUGAUGUGUCCGGUCUAGAGAAGUUUUUUGGUGGUCAUGUGCCACCUGGGUGGGCCGAUCCGGACGUCACUGGCAUCCCUGCUACCACUAUGAGCGACAUCUUGUCAGGAAACGCCCAGAAUGUCGGAAUAAUGAGCCCGUUGGUGUGCCAGCUGUCAUCCCAGUUUGCUAAGCAAGGAUUUGUUCCGGGAGGCACGCAGGAUAUGACCCAUGUUGGAUCCUUCAAGCGCAACACCUCUCAGCCCCAGCAGUAG